GCGGGUCGCUGAGGGGGCAGAAGGGCCCAAGGGUGCCGCUGAGGGGGCGAGGAGUUGAGGCGCGGGGGGCGCUGUCGAAAGAGUAAGGGGUCUUGAAACGGGUGGGGGCUGCGUCUGGUGGGCUCCCCCUCCCCAGAGAGUGGGAAAGCAGCUCUUCCGAGAUAGGUUUGAAUAGGAAGGUGGAGGGGUGGUGGAAAGGGGUCGUCGGAAGGGGACAGCGAGGAGAAACGGGCUGAGGAGCCUGAGGAAGCAAGGCGGGAGUGAGUGCAGAGGAAUUUGGGGAAGCGGACGACUCGACAAGUUCGGCGUGGCCCUGGGAUACCAGAACCGGGACACCCGGUUGUGUGGAACCAACUGUUGGCCAAGCCGUGUUUUUUUUUGUUUUUUUAUUUUCACAUCACACUUUCCCCCCUCAUCUGCCUGCCAUUUCACAGUUGUUCCUCGGCAGAGAAAUGAUUGCCUUCAGAACAGCGACACCUGUUUGGCUCUCAGUCGGCUUAGUUCCCGAAAAGCAGAAUUUGAGAGAGUCAAAGGCACCUGUGUAGUUUCUCCCCUUGGCUUUCAUAUAUGAUUGCAGAUCAGGCCUCGUUGAUACUUUGGAGAAAUGGGGAGGAGUGUGUAUGUAAUAGACUGGUUCUCUCAAACUCAGCAUAAUAAUGCAGUGUGUAGGCAAUCCGAAGGGGGGGGAUGUUGGUAUCUGUAAAACAAACAAUUUAGAUGUAGGUUAAUUUGUCUUUCCACUUUUUUUGUCUCAGCCCAAAGUAGCAUUCAGAGGCACCAGCCGCUAUUUGAAUAGUGCAGAGUCCAGUGGAAGACUGACGGAUGUGUUCAAUAACGUUAUCAUGACAGGUUGCAGCUCCUUCUAUGAUUGCUACAAAUUGCAGGAUUCAAACAGAAAGAAAUGACUAUGGCAGUGAAACAGACUUAUAUGGACUUGUGUCUAACAUCUUGGAAGAACAAGAUAAAUCUCAGCCAUAUUUUACUGACGGGGCGUGCGCCUCCAACUUAAAAUCAGUAUGGCCUGUGAGCACAACCCGAUUUACAGACCACCCUGACCUGCUGUCGGAAACAAAGAGGCCAAUAGAUGGAGCCAUCCCUCAACAGACUUUUUAUGGUGGAGAAACUUUGCCCGUGUCUGACAAACAGUAUAUGCAUGCUGGUCCUGUAGCAUUGCAACAGAAAGUGGAUGACCUUUACCAUGGGCUCACUAACAUCGACAUUGAUGAGCAAUGGCUGUACCCUUCCAGGAAUGAUCAUGUCAGCUGUUAUAAUAUUCAGAACAAUGAGAAUGCAAAGACACCACAGUUUCAAGACUAUUCAUAUGUGAAAACAUGUUUUGCCCCACAAACCAGUCUUUUAGAAGCAAUAAAAGAAUCAGGAGCAGAUACUUAUGCUUAUGGAAGGGAUAAGGUAGGUCCUAAAGGACAUGAUGCACAGGUGCACCAAAAGAGAGCUGAGAUGCUUCUUUCACAAUUUAGUAGAUAUGGUGAAAGUGCAGAUUAUUGUAGAUACCUGGAUUAUUCUCAUCCAAAUAAAACAAAGCAUAAUAAAAAUGCAAAUUAUAGUGUUCAAGAGAGUAAAAAAUUACCAAGUGGAACACCUGAGUUACCAGCUUUAGAUACUGAUAAUUAUAGUAAACUUUUUCAAAAUAAGCCAGCUGUCCAGAAGAAAAUGGAAGAUGUCUCUUCAGAACAGCAGAAUUUUACAUUUCAAAAGACUACCGGACUCAUGUCAGAAAAGCAGUUUGUGAAUGAAAAUUCAUUUACCCCUGACUUUGGUUUAAAAUCAGAUUUUGCCCUCAAAUCUCACACAGCUGUUUCGGGGAGUGGUGAUUUUGCAAAUGCUACAGAAAAUUCAGAAUAUUUCAAAUCACUGAAUAUCUUAUCAACAAACCCAGUAACUUCUUCAUCAGGCACAAAUCUAAGGCCAACAUGGAUCAACAUACAGACUAAAAACAGUUCCUCCAUCCCUAUUCGGAAUCAAAGCACCUUGAUAAAGUUGAAUAAUCAUUUAACUGCUGGUUCAAAAGGUUCCAAUCAUUCUUAUGAUUUUUCUCAGUUGCCAUCAAGCAAUGCAACUUUAAGCAAUAAUUUGUUGCUCCAGAAAUAUUGCCAAGAAAACCCCACAGUAUUUUCCGGUUUUGAUUUCAAUGAUAGCAACGCUGGAGACAGAGUUCAGUCUGCCAGUCAUACAGAAGGACUGGGUAAGGUAACAGAAGAAAGUCUUUUUGAGUCCAUGAUUGACAAAAAAAUAAAACCAAAUGGUUUUUGUGAUAACUAUACGCAGCAAUACGGGAUCAUUGAAAAUGUGAACAAGCACAAUUUUCAAGUUAAAUCACAGAAUGGACAUUAUGAUGCCGAGGACGGACAAAAACAUCUAGAUGGACUGUCACAGAAUACUUACCAAGAUUUACUGGAGUCUCAAGGUCACUUCAGUAGUCACAGGCAAGGAAGUGGAGACAAUAUUGUCAGUAACCGUGUGAACCGCACUCAGGCUUCUUGCUUUUCAAACAAUUUCAUGAUGGGUGACUUGAGGCACAGUCCAAGUGUUCCACAGCUUAAUUCAAACAGAUUUCCUUUGAAAUCUACCCAUCCUUUUGGGCAUUCUGUCAUUCCCCUGAUGGAUUCCUAUGAUUUGUUCUCCUAUGAUGAUUUAAGCCACUUGUACCCUUAUUUUAAUGAUAUGAUGUACGGAGACAAUUCUUUCACAGGCUUCAUGCCAACAUUUGGAUUUCAAAGACCAAUGAAAACUAGGAGUGGGUCAGCCAGUGAACUUCAUAUUAGGUUGGAAGAAUGUUAUGAACAAUGGAGAGCUUUGGAGAAAGAACGGAAAAAGACUGAAUCAGCUCUUGCCAAGAAUUACCCUGGGAAGAAAGUGUCUAGUACUAACAACACUCCAAUUCCAAGACUGACAUCAAAUCCAUCCAGAGUUGAUCGCUUAAUUGUGGAUCAGUUACGAGAACAAGCCAGAGUUGUGACUCUGCUGGGAAAAAUGGAACGCCUGCGAAGUUCUCCUCUUCAUGCUAACAUCUCUACUGCUCUUGACAAGCACCUGGAAGCAAUUCACAUUGUGCAGUCCCGUAGAAAGGAUGAAAUUGUCAAUGCUUCACAUCGGCAAAGACAAGGAGCUCCCAGAUGUCAAGAUGAUAGAGAUGUUUUUGCUCUUGCGUUGGCCAUUAAAGAGAUGUGCACAGCGACACGCAAAGCUCGCACUACGCUGUGGUGUGCUCUUCAGAUGACCUUGCCAAAAACAACCCCGACAACUGGAACAGCGGAGGUGGAAAAAGCCUUACAUGAGCUAGUCCUACCUGAAGAUAAGACCUAUGAACAGAUGAAUAGUGGCAACCCUGCGAUCCAGAGGGGAGAAACAAAAAAACAUUGAGGAAAAAAUAGAGAUAAUAGAUAUGGAUGUAUUAUAGCACUGUACUAAAUAUUGUAAAUGAACUUUUAAAGCUUUCCUUCCAAAUUAAAAGUAAAGAGAUAUGUGAACUGAAGUUUGCUUAUCCUAAACCCAGCAGCUACCUGCUGAGUAGCUGUUAACGCAAGCCAAGAAGCCUUUGAUGUUAUCAGAAUCAAUAUAUUGACUGGGCAGAUCUAACGUUAUGUUAAAUAAACCAGAAAGUUUUAAACUGCCAAAGUAGAACUUAAAUCCAUUCUACAGUGCAGGCAUAUGCAAUGAUCAUUCUGCCUGUGUGAUACAGUUCUUUUAGAUUUCGUUAGUAAUUCUGUUUUCAAAUAAUGAAUUUGAAUUACUGUCACAUGUUACUGUGUGCAGUCUAGUAACAGAUAAGUUUUGAUUGUGAUAGAAAAAGAAUUUGUUCUCUUUAGACAAUGAGUACCUGGAAACAGGAAGGAAACAAAGCUAAACAUACCCAGUAUGAAUGUUAAAUGAAAAUAUUUAAAAAUACUUAUUUAUGAAUUUGAAAUCUUAAGAAUCUAAAAGAAAUUGACCAGAUUUUCUUAAAUUAGUGAUAUUAUAUAAAGCCAUUAUCUAACCAUGCAUGUUAGGGAACAUUAAAAAAAACUUGCAAAAAUCAUUUGUACCUAUUUUAAAUAAUAUCAAUAUUAUCUGUUAAAAGUAUUUAAAUGUGAUCAAAAUUACAUUUAUAUAAUUGAGCCUUUAGCAGUUGCACUGCAGCUGAAAUAAUGAAUAUUUUAACACCCUUGGUUUACUAUUUUUAAAGAGGGUAUCAAGAAGUUUUGAAGUGCACUUUCUUUGACGUUAACUCUGUAGCCAGUUCGGUUUGAGAUUGUUUGGUGUAUAUUUUGUUUUCUUAGUUUGCUUCUGCAUACUUUAGCACUGUUGAAUGCUUGGUUUUUUUCCUUAAUAUCUGAUCUUUUUAUUGUAUGUGAGUAAUUUAUUCAAUUAGCAUGUUAUUAUGUGGCUCAGGAGAUCUUGGGUUUUAACAAUCUAGCAUGAAGAUAAAUACAUAAUGUCUGGAUAAAAUUUACUUAUCUACCCUUGGUUAGGUACACAGAUAUUUUAAACAUCUGUGUUCUUCCAACUUUUAGAAAUCCCAGUAUGCUAAAAAGUGUAAUCAAACUACAAAUUGCCUUUAGAUGAUGUAAGGGACUGAUUGAGAUUGCAGGAGAAACUGUAGGGGACCAUUUUGAUCAUUGAUACGACUUUCCAUGCUGCCCACAUAAACUUCAUAAGGCAGCAGACUCAUACCACCAUACCAUAGUAGCCACAAAGAUGGGUUGAGUUUUGACAUUGAUACGUUACAUGUUAUGAAAAUAAAUAUUGUACUAUCUUUACUCUCGCCUAAUAAACUGGCUUUUUGUUGAAAAGAA